AUGGCCGGAAAGGGGGAAGGACGGGCGAUCGGGAUCGAUUUGGGCACGACGUAUUCGUGCGUGGCAGCAUGGCAACACAACCGCGUCGAGAUCAUAGUCAAUGAUCAGGGCAACCGCACCACACCCUCUUACGUCGCUUUCACCGACGACGAGCGUCUCAUCGGAGAAGCUGCCAAGAAUCAAGUCUCUAAUGCUCCAUCUAACACUGUUUUUGAUGCAAAGAGGCUGAUUGGCCGUGAAUUCAAUGAUCCAAUGGUUCAAAGUGACAUAAAACUAUGGCCAUUCAAGGUCAUUCCUCACACCACCGACAACAACAAUUUGAGGAUGUUGGAUAUUCCUUAUCCAACUGAUUUCGUAUGA